AUGGGAGACCGUGAGUAUCAUGCCAGCGCCGGCAACCCCGUUCCGUCAGGGCGCGCGGUGAUGCCGGGCGUCAAGCGGUCUGCGGCGGCGGUCUCCAGCGCGGACCCCGAGGGCGAGCUGUCCGGGGGCGCAAACGUCGCGCUGUUCUUCCAGAGGAUCAUGUUCGGAUACAUAGGAGGGAGCCUGCUCAUCAGAGCGUUCAACGCGGUGCGCGCGAAGUUCAGGGGCAAGAACGAACAGGACAGUGACGCACCAAACCUCGGGGCCUUCGUGGCAGUUGCGGACGCGGACCACUGGAACGGAGAGCUCCUGCGCGCGGCCCAGGAGCGCCGGCCCGUCGUCGCGUGGAUCACGGCGGCCGCGUCGGCGCCGUGCCAACAAGCAGCACCAGAACUCGCAGCGUUUUCGAUGUCCCCGGCGGCACGCGGGGCCACGUGCCUGCGCAUCGACGCCGAAAGGACGCCCGAGAUCGUCGACGCGCUGGGGAUCUCCGCCGUCCCCUCGAUGCUCGUGCUGCGCGACGCACAGCUCGUGGGCGGCAUGGAGGGCAUCAACUUGUUAUACCUGCAGCAGCUCCUCGCAGGCGCGUCUUGA